AUGAUGGAAAAGAUGCUGAGGCUAUUGUGGAACCAAAUGAGACCGGCAUACAAGUUGAUGCUUCUAUCGAAAAAACCAUACAAACGCCUGAUAAGUGUGCAACAGAUAAAGUAUACAGCCGUGAAUGAGACAGUGGUUAAGGCUUUUAGAACGAAGUCAGAAGCUCUACAGAAACGAGCAGCAGAUAAAGUUGAUGCUAAUGUGGCUAUAACGAAAGCAGAAACACCUAAGAAGAGCGCACCUAAUAAGGCUGUGCAUGAGAAAGUGGUACAGGCAACUAGAACAAAAUCCGAAGCUCUACAGAAACGUGCAGCAGAUAAACACAUCUGUGCACCUGCCCAAAAUGUGGUUACCAGCCCCGCUGAUGAAUUUGAUGAAUUUGAUGAUUUUUCAUUAUUUAACACUCAGUUUUAUGCCGAGGUUGAUAAGUCUGCACAGGCGUUAAUAAACAGCGCACCAAAACAACCAGAUCCGGUUAAGAAUCAAUCGGACCCACUUGCGGACAAAAAAGAUGCAGAAAGUGGGAAGCGUAUAAAAACAACUGACCCGGCCAGCACUGCAGUCAUUGUGUUUCGAGAGACGGGGUCCAAUCCAGACAAACCUGCCAUGUUAGAUAUGGAACAGAAGAGAGAUUCUAGUACAAGUUUGAAAAAAACUCUUCAGAGGUCAUGCCCAUUUGAUGGUAAAUUUUGGAAUAUGUCUGAAGCACAUGUUGAAGCAUCAGGAUUCAAUGAUUGGAUUGAUGAAGGGUUUCUUCGGCGGCGACGGAAAGUUGGUGAUGUGUAA